UGGCCGGUUACCUGAGUGCUCCCGUGGGCCAUCGCCCCGGGUUCUGCUUUAGUGACUGUUAACACCACCCAGGCAGAGGCCAAGACAUAGCAAAGGAAAUUCAGUCCUCAGGGUUACACCGGGGCCACCCAAACUGGGACGGGGUGGAGCUCUGGAUUUGAGGGGCAGGAAGUAUGCUUAGAGUAUCUAGUCUGGGGUGGAGGACGAAAGGCUGUUGAGGCGGGGAGUAGUUUGGGAGAGGAGGCAAAGACAACCCAGCCUCUGUCAGAAGGAGCCUCUGGUUGACCCUGGAGCUCUGAGCCAGAACUUUCAUCCCCAAACACCGACAGCAGGGGCUUCUUCCUGUUCUCAUGUGCUGGGGCAGAGGCUCCCUAACUUCCUCUCUUCCAUAGUCCCCGUCUCACAACUUCUGUGGUCAGAAAGCCCUUCCUCAACUCUGCCUUCUUGCUGCGGUUUCAGCCCAUCUCUUUGCAUCACAUCCUCUGCCUUGCAGCUACUGGUCAGCUCUGCGCUGGCCUUUCGCAAAGCAGAGAAUGUGGGCACGCUGCGAAGGGUAAGGGACGUCAGGGACCACCAUCACAUCCCGCAUCCCUCCUGACGAGUGACAGGGUUGGCAGGGAAGCAGGAAGGCUCACGGUCAGACUGAAGGAAAGACUUUUCAGAUCUUAGCCCCUGCAGGAGAGAUCAAAGCGGGAGACUGCCCUCCUGCCAGGAAGGGAGAAGCCUGACCAUUUUGGAGGCUGUUCUUCUUUGCACAUUCCUGGUUUGCCCUCCUGGCAGGGCAGGUGUGAGGCAUCCCUGCCCCCACCUCCUCUCCCUAUGCUCAGCCUCUACUUUUUCUGUGUGUCUAAGGUGGGACUGGACAGCCAACUAUGGGCAGGUAGGAAAGAGGUGGUGCUGACCUCUGCCCAGCGCCCAGAUCUUCAAUCCAAAUUCAUGUGGCGGGGAAGCCACACGGGCAAGCGCAAGGCAAGUGGCUGCGGGAAAGGCGGAGAAACUGGCAUUCUGUGGGAUACUAAGGAGAUCGUUUGGAAUUUGGCUUCUGCCAAAGGGAAGGGAGAACUGACUGACCUAGAACUGAAGCAACCCUUUUAAAUGAGGGAAUAGAUGGGGGUGCUGGAAGAGGGCCCUCCCCCUCCAGCUCCACUCGUGGCUUGAACCCAAGCCAAAGACAGGGCGCUGUCCUCUUUAAAUCCUGAUGUUACCUGAACCCAAACCCAUAACCUAGCCACAGCUCUAACCUACACUUCCUAUUAAUCUAAAAAUCUACAUUAUUUACACAACGUAUAAAGAUACCCAGCAUUCUGGCAAUUUGAGCCCAUUUCCCUUCUCUGGCUUCCCUCCCUCCUUCUCCUGUAUGACAGUUUAUUACUCUGUCCAAUUCUCCAGUCCAGACCUGCAUCUGAGGCCACACCCCAGCCUACUCACUCCCCUCACCCCUCUUUCCUCUCACUGCGCCUUCCUGGGCUCUUCUCAUCUGGUCCCGCCCCUGAGGAGUCUUCCUCUGUGCUAGGCUUUUGUGCUAGGAACACAAAGACUAUUCUCCCCCCCCAGCGAAGGGAGGGCUAGGAGUUUCAGCCCCACCCUCAGGAAGAUGUGUCUUCCCCCUCCCCUGCUUCUUGGUACUUCCUCUCUGGCGUACUUAGCUGAUAGCACCCAGACCUGGGGCUGGGACCCUGGAACUGGGGCAGAUCUGGGAAUAGGCUACGCCACUCCACCCUGACCGUGGCAUUGGCACCUGCUUCCAACCGGUACCUGGCAAAGCCUGGAAGUCCUUGCCGUGGCCACGGACACUCUGUCUUGCGCAGCGCCCCCUCACUAGGUGUCAUGUUCAUCAUUCCGUUGACUAUCGUCAUACUGUCAGUGGCGCUGGUCCUGGGGCUUCCUGGCAAUGGCUUUGUGGUGUGGAGUAUCCUGGUAAAGAUGAGGAAGCGCUCUGUCACUGCCUUGCUGGUGCUGAACCUGGCCGUGGCGGACUUGUUCGUACUGCUUACCGCCCCCUUUUUCCUCCACUCUGUGGCGCGAGGCACCUGGGUGUUCGGACUGGCGGGCUGCCGCCUGUUUCACUACACCUGUGGAGUCAGCAUGUACGCCAGCGUCCUGCUGAUCACCGCCAUGAGUCUGGACCGCUCGCUGGCGGUGGCCCUCCCCUUUGUGUCCCAGAAGGUUCGUACCAAGGCCGUUGCCUGGUGGGUGCUAGCAAGCAUCUGGGUGACGUCCCUUCUGCUGGCCAUUCCCGUCAUCUUGUACCGCACCGUGACCUUGAAACCGAACAACCAGACCCUGCAGUGCUUCCCGAAGUACUCCAGCGAACGCGUCAAGGCGUUCCAUCUGCUCUUCGAGGCCGUCACCGGCUUCCUGCUGCCCUUCCUGGUGGUGGUGGCCAGCUAUUCGGACAUCAGGCGCAGGCUGCAGGCCCGGCGCUUCCGCCGCAGCCGCCGCACCGGCCGCCUGGUGGCGCUCAUCAUCCUGGCCUUCGCCGCCUUCUGGCUGCCCUACCACGUGGUGAACCUGGCCGAGGCCGGCCGGGUGCUGGCUGGGAGGGCGUCGCCGGCCGGAGACCCGCUGCUCCUGGCGCGCCACGUGUUCAUCGCGCUGGCCUUCCUGAGCAGCAGCGUGAACCCCGUGCUGUACGCGUGCGCCGGCGGCGGCCUGCUGCGCUCGGCCGGCGUGGGCUUCGUCGCCAAGCUGCUGGAGGGCACCGGCUCCGAGGCGUCCAGCGCCCGCCGCGGGGGCACCCUGGGCCAGACGGCGAGGGGCGCCCCCGCCCCAUCCGAGCCCGGCCCCUCGGAGAGCCUCGCUGACUCCAUCGACGCUCUGCAGCGAAGCGAACUGAACUAGGCCUGGGGGUUGCCUGUGGUGCUGCCGCUGCUGGUGGAAGGACGCUGGCUGUCCUCACAGCGGAAUGCUCCCCACGCAGGCCUGACCCAGUUUACCCCGAGGGGGAGGAGGAGGAGGACAGUGGGGUGGAGCGGAAGAGCAGGGAGGGGCGGGGCAGGUAAGGGCAGAGUGAAGGCCUGGAGCAGCUUUGCGAUUAAACCUGGUCUCACAUUGGGUCAACCCUGUGUGUGGGGCGCAUGCAUUAGGGACAAGAGGGAUGCUCCUGGGCGCCCUUAGGGGGGUCCUUCUCAACAGUUGAGAGGCACAUCCUUUAGUUUAGUUUUGGAAGGGACACAAAGAUACAGAAACCAGAGCCCCCUCUCCUCUCCCAUUCUGAGGCAGGUGCUCUGCGGGUCGUACUUAGAACGACACAGGGCUACAGACCCCUGAACGAGCUGAUCGAGGAAGACCACCCAUGUGGGCUUAUCAACUCCAGACUCCCUGAAUCAGCAGAUGUUCUGAGUACACUUAGCACUGCUGUAGGACCUCUACCCUGAAGCCUGUGAUAGGUAUCACUGUUACCAUGACUCCAACUUCCUGCUACUCAUCUUUGUCCUUUCAGUGGGCAAUGUUCAAGGGGACUGCCUUCCUUCCCUCCAUUUCCCAAGGGGGUCCCCCUUGAAAACAGAGUCAUCAUAUCUUAGUCCCUGAUAAAAGCAGAAAGGUCAGCUUUCUGCCAGCACCCAGAAAACACUCUGAUGCCCUCUGUGACCCUGGUCAUUCUCAGCAGAUGAAGAUUCCCGUAAGUGGGAGGGUUAAGUCAUUCUUUCUGAGGGAUGACUUUUGUUUUGGGGAGCCUCAGACUGGCUCUGUUUUUGGGAAGAUGGUAGCCCAAGUGGCAGCAGUGUACUUUUUGAAUCUCUUCCAUAAAGAGCAACUAGGAGAAAAACCAAGAACCCACGUGCAACAUCUGUAACAAACCCAGGGUGUCAAGAUAUGGCUCACAGACCCCCAAAUAUGAACAAGUAGGAAAGAACCAGGGAUGCUUCAAGACCCACAUAACAUCAGCACCUGCACGGAAGGAUGCAGAAGGAAGCAAGAGUGCAUCUGAGGGACCUGAGAACAAGAGAAUCCCAGAACUGUCUGCAGGUCUUGGCUGGAAAGCAUGGGUCAACUUGCCAACAGGGAGGGACCCGACAGAUCGUUCCGCAGGCCUCCAGCGCCCAUGCUGCGUAGGAAGCACAGAAUAGGUGCUUAUUUAGUGUUUAUUAAAUGAAUAAAGGUCAAAUGACAUUUUCCUA